CGCCCAUCCCCAGUUAUCCGACACCGUUUACGCUAAUACCCAGCCAAGAUGUCUAAGAGAGGUCGUGGUGGUCUUGCCGGCAACAAGCUGAAGAUGACGCUCGGUCUGCCUUGCGGCGCCGUGCUCAACUGCUGCGACAACUCCGGUGCCCGAAACCUGUACAUCAUCUCGGUCAAGGGCAUCGGUGCGCGUCUGAACCGUCUUCCCGCCGCCGGUGUCGGUGACAUGAUCAUGGCCACCGUGAAGAAGGGAAAGCCCGAGCUGCGAAAGAAGGUCAUGCCUGCCGUUGUUGUCCGCCAGAGCAAGCCCUGGCGCCGUCCCGAUGGCAUUUACCUCUACUUUGAGGACAAUGCCGGUGUUAUCGUCAACGCCAAGGGUGAGAUGAAGGGUUCUGCCAUCACCGGUCCUGUCGGAAAGGAGGCUGCUGAGCUUUGGCCUCGUAUUGCCUCCAACUCCGGUGUUGUCAUGUAAACAAGUUAAUUCAGGAUUGGAUGCAUGGGAAGGAUAUAGAAGGAAUACCAGCGGGAAUUUAAAAGAGAAAAAAAAAAACGAC